CCCAAGGACAGACAGAGCAGCCAAUAGCAUUCACAGCUUGGAUGUUCAAGUACAGUGUAGGAGCAGCAGUGGCAAGAAGUGAGGUCAUCAAUCCAAUUAGUGUGUUGCUCCUAGUAGAGCUGUCUUUAUUCAUUCCUAUCUGUUAGCGUCUGUUCGAUUUCUAGAGUAGGGUUUUGGAGGUAACAGGUUCAUAACUGUCCGUGUUCCCUGGCUUAUCGACCUUGUCGUAUGCAAGCCUCGGAGUCUUCAGUCUUGCGAAAGUGAUGGCUCAGACUUAGUGAAGGGUACUGCUCAGUUCCCUGUUUCAGAAGUCUCUCUAACCUGUCAUUAGCUGUCGAUUUAUCCGCCAUGGCUGAUGCCAUACUCGCAAGAAGCAUUUCAGCUCCGCAUCUGUCCCCAAUCUCCGCGGGGUUUUCCAACGGAAGAGAAGCAGAUAAGCUUCGGGAUUCGGCUAGCCCUUCUUUCCAAUGCUCCAUGGCUUCCCCUCGCGGAGGCCUGUCUAGUCACCAAGGCUGUCGAUUAUCCUGGAAGAGUAACACCGCCUCGUCACCUCUGACACCCCUUGCUCCCUGGUUUUCCGAAUUUUCGGCGACCCCUUCUAUUCAUUCUUCACGGAGCUUGUUCGUCGUUUCCGAGAUGGAUUCGUCGCAGAGAGAAGACUGCGAGUUCCGCCGUAUCGUGUCAGUUCCUGAGUUUCGAACUCCGGACAACCACGUACAACAGAGCGGAAGUUCGGCACAUUCUUCGGACAACCACGAUACGAGAAGGAAGGGACAGAAUCGGUCUUUCUCCUCCCAAGAAGACAGCAACCCGGGUUCAUUCUCCCCUAAGCAUCCACCCGAGCCGUUUUCCGCGUCCUUCUUCAUGCAUCGUUCGUCUCCUCCUCCACCGCCUGAACUAUCCUCUUUUCCACGCAAAACUACACCCUCAUCAUCACCUCCUUUUCCGACGCCGUCGCUGUUUCCCGUGGUGCCAUUAGACGGGAUGUCUAGCACUAGAAGCCAGUGGACAGAUUCCGGCAGAAAUAAGAACGACUACGCCAGUCUGGAAUUCUUCACCAACGGCGCUGACGAGAUGCAGAUGCGAGGGCUGUUCGCGGGAUCUCACCCAGAGAUUUACCAGCAUUUACCGGAAGAUCAAGGGUCCCGACCGUCGGUUGAUCGCGGCCUCCCUGAUGUUGCUCGGAACGAGCAGCCUUCUUCACCUACUUCAUUCAGCGUCGCCGGCGAGACUUUCCCUUAUGUCAGCGAAGAGGCGCCGAAAUUCGGAAGCGAAGGGAAGAGCAGAAAUGGUUCUGCGCCGGACACACCUGUUGCUGCUGCGGACGUUGCGGCGAUGGAGGCUCAUUAUCUCACCGCUCUGACCAAGGACCCGAAAGAUCCGCUUCUGCUUCGCAACUUCGCCCGUUUUCUUUACGAGGUGAAGGGCAAGUAUGAAGAGGCUGAGAAAUACUUCGAGCGCGCGAUUACCGAAUCUCCUUAUGACGGGGAGCUUCUGGUUCAGUACGCGAAGCUGCUGUGGGAAGGCAUGGGCGAUGCGAAUAAGGCCUCCGUCUUCUUUGAGCGAGCAGUAAACGCUGCUCCUCAGGAUUGCUAUGUUCUGGCCGCUUAUGCAUCCUUUCUCUGGAAUUUCGACUCUCUGGCUGAUGAGAACACUAGCGUCAUGGCUCCUGCUCCUCCGUUCCUUCCAGCCACAUCUGCUGGUUGCGGAUAAUUUGCACUGAUGAAGCUGAAUUCCAUCCACAUCCGUCAUAGAUUUCUACACCAUGAGUGUUUUAGCAUGGGCGCCGUUCCUCCCAGCCCAAAUCCGGGAUCAUCACCUUCUGGGAAUAGCCUGACUUGCUUACCUGCAAGCUUAUCCCAAUGUUUUGAGCUUGAGUGGUAGCAACAGCAUGACAUCCGUAACCAAGGGGUAGAUGUGUGAGAUGGCAUGUCCCGGUACACCAACCAGUUGCUGCAUGGUUGACUUCAGGCUCAGGCUUGGCAUGCUGCCGACCAAGCCUCUCUCAUUAUUAUAUAUGGGUACCAUCCACUUGAGCUAGUGGUGUGAUUUGUACUGAUUUAUGGCCGGCUGACCACAUGAAGUGCUCAUGUAAGAGUUCUUGUUCGUUGUGUGGGUGUGGGGCCCUCACUUUCAAGGUAGUACAUCUUUGUUGUUACCUAAUGGAAAUG